ACUGCAGCACAGGAAGUGCAGCAGCAGCAGCAGGAAUCACGACAUGACCUGUCCCAGAGCCUCCUGUUAAAACCAGCGCAGGUAUCCGGAUCCAGGGGAAGAUGGGGGGCUCUCAGAGCGUCCAGAUCCCGGGGGGAGGAUCCGAAGGUUACCACGUCCUCCGGGUGCAAGAACAUUCCCCGGGUUACCAUGCAGGACUGGAGCCAUUCUUUGAUUUUAUCAUCUCUGUUUGCGACACUAGGCUGAACAGGGACAACGACACCCUGAAAGAGCUUCUAAGAGUGAAUGUGGAGAAGCCUGUCAAGAUGCUACUAUACAACAGCAAGACGCAAUCUGUGAGGGAGCAGACCAUCACACCCAGCAACACAUGGGGCGGACAGGGCCUUCUGGGUCUCAGCAUUCGCUUCUGCAGCUUUGAAAGAGCCAAUCAAAAUGUUUGGCACGUCUUGGAGGUGGAGCCGAACUCUCCAGCAGGCCUGGCUGAUUUGAGGCCUUUCGUCGAUUACAUAAUCGGAGCGGACACCGCCAUGCGUGAGAGCGAAGACCUGUUUUCCCUCGUGGAGGCGCAUGAGGGGAAGGAGCUGAAGCUCUAUGUUUACAACACUGACGCUGAUAACUGUCGAGAGGUGGUCAUUACCCCAAACUCUGACUGGGGUGGUGAAGGCAGUCUUGGAUGCAAGAUUGGGUUCGGUUACCUACACAGGAUACCUACCAUUAAAGAGGAAAAAAACUCUUGUUCACAUAGUCAUAAUGAAGCGCCACACACAUCCAAAGACGGCUACACAGAGGUCCAGCUCUCUGCUGUGGUUCCAACCGUUCCAGUUGUUGUGUCGUCUUCUGCUCCAACUGGAUUAGAGCGACCUCUCAGCGGUUUGUCUGUCAGCUCUGAGCCAACAGCUGUCCUGAUAAACCCACCAACAGGAAAUCCUGUAACCCCUCCAGCCAACCAUGUAAUACCCACACCGACCCUCCCUCUUCCUGUCAAUGGUUGGUCUGCAACGCAACCAGGCUUCAUUCCACUUCCUGGAGGUCUUCCAGCCUUUUCUCAUUCAACAAACCUAAACGCCACUUUGCCAGGUGUGAGUCGGGUUCUACCACCAGGACUUGGGAUUCAGCAGAAUGGUCUUCCUCCACUCAACUUUCCGGCCUCAGUUUCCAGUGUUUCUUCUUCUCCUCCUGAUCCAACCAUUGCUGUUAAUUCAUACGCCAACAUAUAUCCCUCUUCAACUAUUCAUAUGAACAGUUUACUGACCCAAAACUCCAACCAGUCAUCAGUCUCCAACUCUGGAUCAAUGAAUUUCACAGUGACUGUGGACUCGUAGCACUGAGCACCUGAUAAAGGCGACACCUUUCCCUCAUCUUCUGCAUCAUAAGCAGGUGCUGCUCCACUUGGCUCACAAAUUAGUUCCACAACUUUGUUUGCAUAGCAGCUCCUGGUGAAGACUGAAGAAACUUCAGAUGAAUUUAAAGAUUUUUACUAAACUGAAUUAAAACAUUGCUGGUACUA